CCAUGGCAUGCGCGAGGCGGUGGCUGGGUACCGCCAUUUUGGCCGGCGGCCGUAGGAACACGCUGUGUGACUGAGAAGUGAAAGCAAGAGCUGAUUUGGUCUCUACGCUCCCCUCCGCGAGGGGAUCGUUUUCUCCAGGAGAGCUGGAUAUUCUUACUUCUUUAGAAUUAUGGCAGAUAAAUUGACGAGAAUUGCUAUUGUCAACCAUGACAAGUGUAAACCUAAGAAGUGUCGGCAGGAGUGCAAAAAGAGUUGCCCUGUGGUUCGAAUGGGAAAAUUAUGCAUAGAGGUUACACCCCAGAGCAAAAUAGCGUGGAUUUCUGAAACUCUUUGCAUUGGUUGUGGUAUUUGUAUUAAGAAAUGCCCCUUUGGCGCCUUAUCAAUUGUCAAUUUACCAAGCAACUUGGAAAAAGAAACAACACAUCGAUAUUGUGCCAAUGCCUUCAAACUUCACAGGUUGCCUAUUCCUCGUCCAGGUGAAGUUUUGGGAUUAGUUGGAACAAAUGGUAUUGGAAAGUCAACUGCUUUAAAAAUUUUAGCAGGAAAGCAAAAGCCAAACCUUGGAAAGUAUGAUGAUCCACCUGAUUGGCAAGAAAUUUUGACUUACUUCCGUGGAUCUGAAUUGCAAAAUUACUUUACCAAGAUUCUAGAAGAUGACCUAAAAGCCAUUAUCAAACCUCAGUAUGUUGACCAGAUUCCCAAGGCUGCAAAGGGGACGGUGGGAUCUAUUUUGGACCGAAAGGAUGAAACAAAGACACAAGCAAUUGUAUGUCAACAGCUGGAUUUAACCCAUCUAAAAGAACGAAAUGUUGAAGAUCUUUCAGGAGGAGAGUUGCAGAGAUUUGCUUGUGCUGUCGUCUGCAUACAGAAAGCUGAUAUUUUCAUGUUUGAUGAACCUUCUAGUUACCUAGAUGUCAAGCAACGAUUAAAAGCUGCUAUUACUAUACGAUCUCUAAUAAAUCCAGAUAGAUAUAUCAUUGUGGUGGAACAUGAUCUAAGUGUAUUAGACUAUCUCUCUGACUUCAUCUGCUGUUUAUAUGGCGUACCAAGUGCUUAUGGUGUUGUCACUAUGCCUUUUAGUGUAAGAGAAGGCAUAAACAUUUUUUUGGAUGGCUACGUUCCGACAGAGAACUUGAGAUUCAGAGAUGCAUCACUUGUUUUUAAAGUGGCUGAGACAGCAAAUGAAGAAGAAGUUAAAAAGAUGUGUAUGUAUAAAUAUCCCGGGAUGAAGAAAAAGAUGGGAGAGUUUGAGCUAACAAUUGUAGCUGGAGAGUUUACAGAUUCUGAAAUCAUGGUGAUGUUGGGGGAAAAUGGCACCGGUAAAACGACGUUUAUCAGAAUGCUUGCUGGAAGACUCAAACCUGAUGAAGGAGGAGAAGUACCAGUUCUAAAUGUCAGUUAUAAGCCACAGAAAAUCAGUCCCAAAUCAACUGGAAGUGUUCGACAGUUACUACAUGAAAAGAUAAGAGAUGCUUAUACUCAUCCACAAUUUGUGACUGAUGUAAUGAAGCCUCUGCAAAUUGAAAACAUCAUUGAUCAAGAGGUGCAGACGUUAUCUGGUGGUGAACUGCAGCGAGUAGCUUUAGCUCUUUGUUUGGGCAAACCUGCUGAUGUCUAUUUAAUUGAUGAACCAUCUGCAUAUUUGGAUUCUGAGCAAAGACUGAUGGCAGCUCGAGUUGUCAAACGUUUCAUACUCCAUGCUAAGAAGACAGCCUUUGUUGUGGAACAUGACUUCAUCAUGGCCACCUAUCUAGCAGAUCGAGUCAUCGUUUUUGAUGGUAUUCCAUCUAAAAAUACAGUUGCAAACAGUCCUCAAACCCUUUUGGCUGGCAUGAAUAAAUUUUUAUCUCAGCUUGAAAUUACUUUCAGAAGAGAUCCAAACAACUAUAGGCCAAGAAUAAACAAACUCAAUUCAAUUAAGGAUGUAGAACAAAAGAAGAGUGGAAACUACUUUUUCUUGGAUGAUUAGACUGAAUCUGAGACUAUUGAUAAGCCAUUUAUUAAAAGAAACAUUUAUUGGGAUUUUGUCAUAGAAAACUUUAAUCAGGUUUUAUGCCUCACAUACUCUGGAGCUUGAAGUAUAGUUUACUUAAUGUAACAUCAAAAGCCAGUUGUGUUGUAAAUUGUAGUCUGAAUACAGAAAAUGCCCCAUUUCUGUUCUAGAUAAGCCCCUUUUUGUGCAUAACAGUCUAAAAUGAAGACAUUUCAAGCUAAACAAAUUACCUCCAAGUUUUCAUGAUGUAUGGGAAGAUUUUUAAUGGGUGUAUAAUAUUCAUGUACCAAAUGCUCACCAGUUUUGCCCCCUUUUAAAAAUCUUGAAAAAAGAUUUCUGUACUUACAUGGUUUCCCAAGUAUGACAAUAUAAUGAAACUGCCCUUAUUUUAAAAGCCGGUCGAAGACUCCACUGAUGAAAUUUGAUAAAUAAACAUCAGGAUUAUAUUUGUUA